CGUAAUGCACCCAUUUGCAAACUAAUUUGGUUUGGCGUGAGGCUCACAUGGAACCCAGCUGAAUCUCUCGUUUGUGAUGUGCCCCGGCAACCACUGUAUGUGCUGCACCAGGUCGCCAAAUGUUUCAGUUGCUACGAUAUACGAGAUAUCACGGUACAUGUUGAAAAUUCGUCGACAGCCCACGACCAGUUUCGCCCUUCUUCGGGUUGGCUCAUCAAUGACCGAAUAACCCAUAACCUCAUGAUGGAUGUCAGUGGCACAGACCCGAGGACCCGCACUGGAUUGUUUCUUUGGCCAUGGGCAAGUUAUCCGGCUGCGGCUGCCAACGCCGCUGCUGGGGCGCACAGUCAACAGAUCAUGAUGGGUGCUGGCGGGGCAGUAGGUGCCGGAAUGGGCGCAAACAUGCUGGGUGUACCACAUUCCGGGUCUGGUUCUUUGAACGUUCCCGCAAUGGAAGAUCCGUUUGAAACAUUCUAUCAACGAUUCUCUUACCCCGGUGCACACGCAGCUCACAUGUCACACAUCCUACCGCCAUCUUCGAAUUUACACCAACCUCAGCAGCAGCAGCAACAACAACAUCAACAACUAUGUGGUACUGAAACGCGGCACAUGUCACCCCGGGAUCGUAAUGUUGAGACGCCAAACAAUCUGCAGCAGGGCAGUCAUAUGUCUCCAUCACCCAACACAUCUAGAGCGCAUGGAUCAUCUGCACCUCGGCUACUUUCACCUCAGCCACGGAUAGGCAGUCACCUACAGCGCAACAACGGUCAGAACGACCACGCCGGUGUUGUGUCAGGACCGACAGACCCUCAUGCAGCAGCCAUUGCUGCAUUUGCCUCAGUAGCGGCCAAUUCGGCUGUCAUGGGAGUUUCAGAUUGUGGCCCCCCAGCCCUGUCACACACGAUGCAUGCUUCACGCCAGGGUAUGCAUCACUCAACAUCACGUACCCUAACUCCAAACGAAAUGUCCUUGAGCAAUCUGUGCAAUGGAAGGUCUAAUCAACACUUCAACAGUCUACCAUCCGGAGGAUUACAUUCAACGUCUUCACCCUCACCGAGUCUGAAUGCUUCACCUACAAGCAAGAGUUCCACAGAUGCCAUCACCGCCUAUAAUCAUCUCCGAUCUCAACACUUGAAGGACUUUAGUUCAACGGCAGCUGCACUCGCGGCGGCGGUAGCCAGUGAUCGAGCUCAGUUUGCAGCCCAUAUGGCUGAAGAGAUGAACAGUGAUAAACAAUCGGAUCGUGAUGGAUCUAGACACGCUCUGUCAAACGACUCCAAAGGACGGGUUCAGUCAGGUUCACAGCCUAACCUAGAGCACUAUCACCCUUCGCAGCAACACUUCCAGCUUUCUUCAAAAAGUCCUCUUUCAGAUUCUAGCGACACAGUGAGGGGAGAUUCGUUGAACAUUGUCGGCGGUCAUUCAAAUCGUAAUUCCCUGGACUUUAUGCGGAACGGCCGAUUACUCCCGGGUCUACGGGAUAAAUCCUCAUCACUGUUAUUUCGCAAUUCGUCUGUUCGUGACUGUUCAACACCAGAUACACUGUCAGACUAUCGAUCCUCGACCGAAAUGCUCAUGAGCGCCCGUGACUCUCUGAAUCCGCUUCGUGGGGACGAUACCCUGGGUAUCACACCAAACCAAGGCAGCAACGGAGGCAGCUCCAGUGCGGAUACUCCGAAAAGUACCCAUUGUGUUGUGGAAAACAGUAAUCUCUCGAUUUCACAUACCACCAGUUCCUACACACAUCCUGCGAAAGGCUAUAAAUGCAAAAUUUGUCAGCAUGUUUGUUUCUCCCGACACGACCUGUCUGCCCAUAAUGCCGCUACUCACAAACAAGACCCAAGACCGUAUCGAUGUGAGCAAUGUGGACGUCAGUUCACCACCGGGGCUUACCUGUCCCAACAUCGUCGCAUUCAUACAGGAGUCAAACCGUACGCUUGUCACUACUGCGAUAGACAUUUCACCCAGUUGAGCCACGUCCAACAGCAUGAGCGAAUCCACACGGGAGAGAAGCCGUAUCGGUGCACCACCUGCAUGAAGAGCUUCACCCAAAUGUCCAACUUGCAGUCGCACCAACGACAACAUAUGAAGGGAAAGCCCCAUCGAUGCGAGCAGUGCUUCAUGUCUUUUGAUACCAAGGAUGAACUGGAUUUGCAUGUUCAGGCCAAACAUUCUGGAAAUCGAUAUGCAAAGGUAGAAGCUGCGAACACUGCUCCGGCUGAUAGUUCCAGACUUCCUGGAACUCAGUCGUCGUCUGUUGAUGAUCUGUUCGCUGCCAGUUUUCACGCCAAUCCAAUGGCCAGAGCAGCGGCCGCUCUCAGUCUUGGGGGAGCGCACACCAAACCUGAUUCAAACCUUCAAGGACGUCAUCAUUCUGCCGCCGCUGUGGCUGCGGCAGUUCGGUGUGCUGCGGCGGCAGCAGCAGUCUCGGGAGGCGGAAAUGUCGGAAACCGCGGUGAUCCGAUGACCAGACCUUUUUUCAACAGUGCUGCCUGUUCCAUGGGAGAGGCGGGACUGGACACCAGCGGCAUCGGGUUACACAGCGACCCGGUGAACUACAGUAACCUGCCUGACAACGAUCUAUUCCCGCGCAUUCCGGGUAUACACAACUCUCGGGCAGCUCAUCUGAUGGCUGCUGCCGCUGCUCAACACCAUCAUCAUCAACAGCAACAACAGCACAACGCGGCGUUUGGCAAAUUGUCGCAUUUGGCCAAUCCGUUCCAGGAAUUCAAGCCACAAACUUCGUUUGGUUUGGGUCAUGCGGACCAGUAUUCCGCGGACAUACACCACAGCUCAACACAACUUCAUGGUAGCUCAAAGCGCAACGUUAGUGGACAGGUUUUGGACAACAGACACCCUUCCAGGUGUUUGAGUGCUUCGGUCAAUCACACUCCUUCACCGCACCCUCCGUACGUUGAGUCACCGAGUAUGGGAAGCGCCGAUCAACAGUUACUCAACUUGACCCAAUCACAACCGUUGAUGCAAAGCACAAAACAACAUCUUGGUCCAUCUUCCACCACGUCCUCGUCACCAAACGAUGCAGCGGAGCACUACGGAAAUCCAGCUUCUCAUAUGGACUCCAACCAACAGCGAAUUCAUCGAACACAUCGUUCGGAAACGGUGGAGACCGCAGCUGAUGAUCCACCUCCCGCUCACCAACAGCAAUGUCCUCGUUUGGAUCCGGAGACGUUCGAACCCGACAGAAGUGGACGUUUAGAUCCUAAUCGAUACGGCAUCAAAACCAGUGCGAUAAACGACAAUUACGACGGUCGGAUUCCUCCAGGGCAAUCGAAUUCGAAUUCUGGCUCUGUUGCGUCCAAGGCGGACUCGAGUCAGGUAACUUCACAGCAUGCGACGAACGAUAGACUGUCGGCUUACAUGAUGCACCCUCCACCCUUGUCCCCGCAAAACUCACCAGGCCUUGAAUUGCCACUGGGAGAUGGUAAGAGGACAGUGGACGAUGGAACGAAAUUGCUAAGCCGUACCCCACCCCAAACUACACCUAACCACAAAGUCGCGGAUGAUUUUGUCACCUCGGAUGGUGGACAGGGCGAGGAUUCAGGGGCCUACCUUUUGCCCAACCCACAAAAGCAUAGAACCAAUGAGCUGAGUAACAGUUCGUUUCUAACGGGUUCGGAAAUCAUCCGAACGAAACGACCCGGUGUACUUCGUGUGGAUGUGUCUUUGGGCAACGGUCGAUCGGUCAGUCCAGACUCAUCAUCCUGUUCCGGGGGGAACUCACAGAUUAUCAAAGAUGACAACGUGUCACGACACGAUAAACCCAAGAAGCUUGAUUCGAAUUCGGCCACCAACCCGUUGUCCACACCUCUGCUUUCCACGUCUGAAACUGGCGCGGUGGAACAAAAUCCCAAUUCUUGUGUUGUGUCAGAGUUGGCGAAAAUGUUACCAAACACGAGAAUGCGUCCAAGAGCGGAGCUUGAAAACGACCAUUCGGGAUGCGGAGAUGAACCGUCCAUGCUCCACUCACCUACUACUGUAAUCGAGGAUGAUUCAAUGACAGGUUUGCCACCAGCUGGCCGAGUGGAUAUCUCGCUCAAAGCAGAAGACUACCAGAACCGCUGUAGCUUUUCCAGAGAACGUCAACUCAGUACCAACAGUUCCCCACUAUCUAUCGAAAUGCAUUCUUCUUCUGAGGUGACACUGAAUCAUCUGCCCACAACCACCAGUAAUAUGCGCGCGUCUCCAGGUCUUUUCGGUACAUCAUCCUCGGUCAGCAGAAACAUGUUCUAUCCGGACACAACUGCGGAUGCCGAAGAUCCGAUACGGUCAAGUUGGGCGUGCAAAGAAUUGAUACCACCGAAAUCUGCCUCAGCCUUGUCCGCUGCAGAGCUACACAAAACAGCCGAGCAGAGACGUGCCGAGGCUCUGUUUAGCGGCCUGGUUCAACGACGCGGAGCUCUAGAAAAUCAAGCCACUCCGCACGUGGACGGAUCGAAAUCGGUUGGGUUGAUGAACAUACCGUUCUAUCUUGACUCUACCUGGCGCCAAUACGCUCCAGACGAAUCACGUUUCCAAAAGUCCUCUAGCAAAGUUUGUGAACAGCGGGAAAUGUUCUCACGUGAAGUCCACUUGACCACCAACGAUCCAAAUGAUGUGGAAAGUGUUCAGUCCUCACCUUUGGGAUCUCCGAAACGUCGAAGACGUAAUCACUGUGUCCCGCAACAUCCGACAGAAUACGAGCAACAAACGAAUCAGUCACCGCACUGUGCCUUUCCCAAUGCCGACUACUAUCGGCACCCCUCGUUGCCACAUGAAGCCAUGUUUGAAGAUCCUGAUCGUCGACAUCUAUCUGGAAACAGCAGCAAUGCCAGCGGUCCCAGUAGUAGCACACCAAGUAUCGUCAGUCCCAUUCUUACCGGUGCAUCUUCAAAUGACUUCACCUCGGAAAAAUCAGCAAAUUCAUCACAAACGGGGAAACACCCCGUAGGCGAUGCUGAUCACGGAUCAUCCAUUACUCCGACCGCUCCAGCGUCAGCAGUGUGUAAUUUUCACGGCUUCCAGUUUUAG